CGAUCUAUCAAAAAAAUGAUAAAAAAAACAAAAGUAGCAUAAAUAAUUUAAAUUGAAGAUAUAGUCCUAUCAUAGAAUAAAUUCUAUGUAUUUAACAAUUAAAAUUCGUAUUAAUUCUUUAUUGUUCACACCUAGUCCUGUGUUAUUGGCUGCUCGUUAUACUAAAGGGAUUGUAUGUAUGUCUACUAGUGAGCGAGCAUUGAUUAAAUUACCGACGGAAGUCCAAGAAACAUUAAUAGUAAUAUUACUAGGUCAUGGCCACAUUUCUCGUAGAUCAUCUAUAGCUAACUCUAGAUUAAUAUAUGCACAGACUGCGGUUACACAUAAAGAAUAUUUUGAUCAUGUAUUUAACAUAUCCCUACCUUUUUGUGUUAACCCUUAUGUUCCUCAAUCUAAGAUAGUAAGAGAUAAUAGAACUAAAAAAACUUAUAGUGCUAUAUCUUUCACGACAAUGCAACUUCCUUGUUUUAAUGUAUAUAAAGAUGAUUUUUAUAUAUUAAAUGUGCAAAUUGUAGCUAAUAACAUAUAUGAACUGUUAACACCAAGAGGUACUACAGAUGUAGAUAAACUUAUGUUUACAUUACAAGAUAAGUUUAAUCUUAAAACAUCUAUACAUUAUAACAGGGAUAAGAAACCUAGAAUUUAUAUAUUUAAAUAAUCAACGGAUACGUUGAUAAACUUAGUAAAACCUUACUUUGUUAAA